AAGAUGGAUAACCAGCGUCAGCAGGCAAAUGCCAGACAAUCUCAGGCAGUGUCAAGGCUGCUUUUAGAGAGACUCUUGUCACGACUACAGGAGGCCAUGCAGCGCUUGCCUCUAGACCUGGAUUAUUUAUAUUUUAUUUGCACAAAUGAUUUAAGUUUGAUCACUUCACAUACAAGUCGUCAACAUGUACCUCAAGAGGUAAUGCACUUUCUUUCAAACCUGUGUUCUGUUCUUUCUAAUCGCCUGGACACAAGACGUACCUCUUCAGUGAUUUUGAAUGAAAUUGCUGGACCAACGGGACGUCCCAAAACCAUUGUAUCUGAGCAGCACCUCAGACGAUUGAUUGAAAUUGGUCUGACUGUACCUUGCAUUUCAAAACUGCUUGGCAUGUCAACACGAACCAUAGAACACAGAAUGCAAGAGUUUGGUAUAACAGUGAGAGGAACAUACAGUCAAUUGACUGACGAAGAGUUAGACAAUCUUGUGGUUGCAAUCAAAACAACAUCACCACACUCAGGCUACAGAAUGAUGAGAGGGAACUUGAAAGCUCUUGGUCAUCGAGUCCAGUGGAGCAGAGUCUGCGACUCUAUGAAUAGAGUUGAUUCAGCCGGAGUCCUUGCUAGAAUGUCACAACUUGGACAUGUUGUGAGAAGAUCAUAUUCAGUUCAGGCCCCUCUGUCCCUCAUGCAUGUGGACACCAACCACAAGCUGAUCAGAUAUGGCUUAGUAAUAUUUGGGGGCAUAGAUGGCUACUCAAGAAAGGUCAUGUAUCUGGGGGCUGCAACCAACAACAAAGCAGAGACUGCUCUAAGUUUCUUCCUCGAGGCAGUAGAAAAGCAUGGAGUUCCUUCACGGGUAAGAGCAGACCAAGGUGUAGAAAAUGUGGACAUUGCAAGGUGGAUGUUCACUGUUCAGGGCUGUGGCAGGGGAAGUUUCAUUUCGGGGAAGAGCGUUCAUAAUCAAAGGGUCGAACGGCUGUGGAAAGAUGUGUGGAUGUCUGUUUCAAACUUGUAUUAUGAUGUUCUACAUAAUUUGGAAGAGAGUGGCUCUCUUGAUCCAUCAAACACCAUUCAUCUCUUCUGUGCACAUUAUGUUUUUCUUCCACGUCUCCAAAGAGACCUAGAUAUUUUCACUGAUGCAUGGAAUGACCAUUCCAUCCGUACGGAGCAAAAUCUUUCCCCCAAUCAUCUGUGGGAAAUAGGAGUUGCACAGAAUCCAGUCAAUGUUUCAUGUGACAUGGAGGACCUCAACAUUUUGGUGCAAGAUGGCACUUACCCACUGGAGGAGCAGAACACUGGAGUAGUGGUCCCUCAGGUGGAGUGUCUGCUCUCAGAGUAUGAAAUGGCUCGACUCAGGACAACCAUUAAUCCAGUCUCACAGUCCAGAGACUUUGGCCAAGAUAUUUACUUAUCAGUGUUACAUUUUGUGCAGCUGCUUCCUGAAUAA